GUCGGCAAUAUUAGAAUGGCGGCAUCCCAGAGGAAUCGCAGUAAAAGUGGGUUGCGUGAGGCAUCAGCUUGCGGCCGGGCAGAGAGGGUCCCACAUGAGAGGCUGACGUGGCUUGCAGAAUCUCCUCCAUCUCGUCUCUGCCAAUGGUAUCUCAUCUCCCACGUGACCGCCGGCCCCUUCGUUACGCAGUGGUCUUCCUUAAGAACUCCAACCACACCCCCUCUUCGCCUUCGGCAAAAGGGCUUUGUCUGCUUCGGCCAUGGGCGACUCUUCUUCACCAGCCUCCUACAUCCGCAUGGUGCAGCUCCUGAUCGAGAAGUGCCUUAUCUUCCACAUGAACAAGGACGAGUGCGUGGAAGCUCUCUCCAAGCACGCCGCCAUCGAUCCUGUCAUCACUUCCACCGUGUGGACCGAGCUGGAAAAGGAGAACAAAGAGUUCUUCGAGGCGUACUCGAAGAACCGAGAGGAGAGUGUAAUGGAGAUGAUGCGGGAGAUGGUCACGGAAAUGGCUUCCCGAGACCCAGAGGAUGACGAGGGCUAAGAUGGCAUCCAUCAAUCCAAAUUAUAUAUACUGUAAUUAAGGAAGACGGGCGGGGGAGGCAAAGAUGAGAAGGUAGAGCAAAUAAGCUCCCGGAGAAGAAGAACCUACGGCUACUGUGGGUUUGUGCAGGACUCAGGAUCUGCCGAUGGGGACAUGAUGCUACGCUUAAUUGGCAGCUUAUGCGUAUCAUUGCCAAUGUGUAUAUUGAUUGAUGUGUCCAAAUUGCAAUGGAAUGGACGUGUAGGCUUUGGCUUGGCUUGUUUGAA